UCCGAAAGCAGCUCUUUAAUCUUGCAAUAAAUCUAUUUUCAUUUGAGAUUUGUUCUUCAGAUUUGUACUUAGCGAGAAGAAGGAGGCAAGAAAAAAAAAACGUAAGUACUCUUCUUUGGAUGGGACUUAACAUACAGCUGCAAAUGUCAUUGUGGAUCCAGAAUGAGCAGAGAUUUUUCUGUCAUACAGAGAACAAGCAUGAAAUUGAGCAGUAAUUACAGGUAACUUUGGCCAGACAUCCCCCAGGCAAUUGUUUCCAGGAGCUGAGACAGAUUUCAAAGAUACAGCUGGUACUAUCUUUCAGAGCAAAACAUAUUUAUUUUACUGAGAGAGGAAUGAAACAACCUUUUUAAAAGCUGGUUUUCAGGACUACCAUUCUAAGACAGCAGUGCAUAAAUGAUUAUGAGUUCCAAUUCAGAUUCUGGACAUAGCCACAAAGAAAGAAAUUUAGCUGCAAAAAAGAAUUUGGGGCAACAGAACUGGACCAUGCAAGAUACAAAACAAAAGACUAACUCUCAUGAUGACAUGGACUUUUACAGUAACAGUUCUCAUGCAAACUAUUCCAGUGGCAAUGACUCUAAUGGAAUUGAUUCCAAUGGACAUGAAUCCCAUGAGUAUGAGAGCAAUGGACAAGCAUCUGUACACAGUUCUAAUAGUAGCUCCAGCGGCAAUGGAAAAGAUUCUGCUCUCCAUCUUGAGACAACAGAAAGCAACAAGAGCAUCUCUCCUACACAAAGCCUGUCGACUCCCAGUAGUUCAAUCACCUAUAGCCUUCUGAGUACUAGUUCAGAACAAGACAAUCCAUCUACCAGUGGAUGCAGCAGUGAACAGUCAAGAAGGAGGAAGACACAGCAAGAACUGAUAAAGACACUGAAGGACCUGAAAAUGCAGCUGCCAUCAGAAAAAUGCAGCAAAGGAAAAUGUAGUACAGUAGCCAUGCUCCAGUAUGCCUUGUCCUGUGUCAAACAAGUCAGAGCUAACCAAGAAUAUUACCAGCAGUGGACAAUUAAUGAGCACCAGUCUUCUUGUAUGAACCUUUCAACAUACACCAUUCAGGAAUUAGAAACCAUUACAGAGGAAUGCAGUUUAAAAAAUCCGGAUACAUUUUCCGUGGCUAUCUCUUACAUGACGGGAAGGAUUAUUUACAUCUCUGAGCAGGCUCCUUUUAUUCUUCAUUGUAAAAGAGAUGUUUUCAAAGGCACAGCUUUUGCAGACAUUCUGGCUCCCCAGGACGUGAGUGUCUUUUACAGUUCUACAGAACCGCAUCGUCUACCUUCAUGGAGUUCACUUGGAACCUCAACGGUGGCAGCAUCUUUGGACUGCACUCAACAGAAGUCUGUAUUCUGCCGAAUCAGUGGCGAUCGUGAUCGGGGACACAACAUACGAUACUACCCAUUCCGCCUUACCCCUUACCUAAUGAAGGUCCAAGAUGAGGAGAAUAUGGAGGGACAUCCUUGCUGUGUGCUCCUUGCUGAAAAGAUACACUCAGGAUAUGAAGCUCCAAGAAUCUCACCUGACAAGCGAAUAUUCACCACCAGACAUACUCCAAGCUGUAUAUUUCAGGAAGUAGAUGAGAGAGCAAUACCUUUAUUGGGAUAUUUACCUCAAGAUUUGAUUGGAACAUCCAUUCUGGUUUAUCUCCAUCCUGAGGACAGGCCGCUAAUGUUUGCAAUACAUAAGAAGGUUUUGCAAUGUGCUGGUCAGACAUUUGAUCAUUCCCCUCUCCGCUUCUGUGCCCGGAAUGGGGAGUAUGUUACCAUAGAUACCAGCUGGUCCAGUUUCAUUAACCCUUGGAGUCGUAAGGUAUCUUUCAUUAUAGGACGGCACAAAGUCUGCAAUGGCCCUUUGAAUGAAGACAUAUUUACAGCUCCUAAACAGAUGGAUGCAAAGCCAGUGGAUUUAACUGUUCUAGAACUGACUGAACAAAUUCAUCAUUUAUUGCUGCAGCCAGUGAGUGGCAGUGGUAAUUGCUUGGGAAGUAAAAGUGCUGGAAGUAACACAUCACCUGACAUACUUAGGAGCAUCACCUCAUCCAGUGACAACAACAGUGCAUCAGCAGAGGAGACCAAGGCUCAUAAACGGGCAAUUAUUCAGCAAAUGUGUAAGAAUGGGAAGCAGUUUAAAAAAUAUGAACAGCAAAUGGUGAACAGUCUGAAGCCUAAACCUCAGCCAAAGAAGUCAACAGGAACUAAAUCAGGAUUUAAAGUUUCUAAGGAAAACAGUAUUGAUUCUGUUUACAUAUCAAAGGAACUAGGAGGUUCUUCUGGUAGAAAACUGGAAAUUGUGGCAGAGACAUUAAGAAAGGAGCCUUCGGUUCACUCCUAUCAACAAAUCAACUGCCUUGACAGCAUUAUCAGGUACUUGGAAAGUUGUAGUAUCCCCAACACAGUAAAAAGGAAGUGCAUUUCUUCUUCGGGUACAGUAUCUUCCAACUCUGAUGAUGGCAAACAGAAAGUGAAAAAAGAGGUGACCAAUGACAGAAAAGACACAACACAGGAAAAGCACAUAAAUGAAGAUGGUCCUGAGCAGAUGAAGUCUGGUACUCCAGCCAUGAUCAUGGGUGCAUCUCUUACUCCGCUGGCCCUGCCCAGGAAAACUGAGAGUGUAGCCUCUGUCACCAGCCAGUGUAGCUUCAGCAGCACUAUUGUCCACGUAGGAGACAAGAAACUGCCAGAGUUGGGUGUUGCAAUGACAGAAGAAGGAAAUAACCAUGCAGUUCCUGUUCAACAGACAGUAUCUGAUUCAGGUGUGAAUUUGACUCAAGAUAAAGAUUCUUACAAGAAGGUGGGCCUAACAAAAGAAGUAUUAUCAGCUCAUACUCACAGGGAAGAACAAGCAUUCUUGAAUCAUUUCAAAGACUUCAACAAGUUUCAUCUGUUUAGCUCACCUACUGGCUCAUGUCGAACAGAACUCAGACAGAAAGGGUAUUGUCCUUACAAAGGAGGAAGAGUUUUUAGUCGUGCUACUAAUGGAAUUGCCAAGCAUGAGAGGAGGGGAAAAUCAAAAGCUAAAAGAAUCAGGCAGAAUGGAUACAUCAAUAAAGCUGGACUUUCUACUAAAAAAGACAAUGAAAAAACAGAUUGUGGGGCUCCAAGUUUUGCAUGGACUACUCAUUGUAAUCCUGAAGACAACUUCCCCACAGUACCUUUUCAUACAGCUGUACCAGCAUUUCAUAUUUCAAUGAUUUCUCCUGGAGACUUUAUCCCUAAUGUUUCAGAUCCAUCUAGUUAUAACUUGACUGAUUCUCAGAUUGCAGGGGGAAUGCAAGGUUCUCUGCAGUCCCCAAGAAAUCCUUCUUCUGUGUCAGCACCUAUGGUUGCAUUUCUAGUCCCCACUUACAUGUUUCCUGAAAUUAACAGUACUAUGCUUCCAUCAUAUUUGACUAACCAGAACUCCACUGAGGCUCCAGUCUUUCCCAUUAAACCAUCUCCUCCCCUUCAGACUCAAGAUGCUGACAAUUCUUUUAAUAGGACUAACCCAACAACACUCUGUCCAAUGCCAUGGUCUGUGGACCACAUGGAGAGUUCAGACUCACCAUUCUUCAAUUCUCGCAGCAGCUCUCCUCUGCAGCUCAAUUUGCUACAACUGGAAGACACACUUAAAUCAUCUGAAAGGCAAGAAGCUGUUGGAGUAGCCAAUCAAGGAAACAAAGCAGAAACUUCUGUGUGGCAUUGUGCUACUAUUGCCACAGCCAUAGGAACAAAGGUCAAUGGCCAGCAAAAUAUCAACCAAGUGGAAGAACCUGACUCUCCUUCUAACAACGAUCUGUCGUCUGCCUCCAGUGAUCUGCUUGAUCUUCUCCUUAAGGAGGAUUCUCAUUUUGGCACAGGAUCAGGAGCAUCAGGCACAGGUUCUGCUGCCUCAGGCUCUUUGGGCUCUGCUUUUAAUGGCUGCAGUACCAGUGCAAGUGGAACCAGAAGCAGCCAGAGUAACAACACUAGCAAAUAUUUUGGCAGUAUUGAUUCUUCAGAAAAUGAUCUACAGGCAAAAACAUGUGCAGCUACAGAGAACACUUACCAGUUCGACUAUGUACUGCAAGAUCCAUUUUGGGCGCAUAUGGCCAGUGCAGAUGAAAAAAUCAUGAUGACCUACCAAAUUCCUCUCAGGGACAUGGAGACAGUACUAAAGGAAGACAGAGACAGACUGGCACAGAUACAGAAACACCAACCAUCAUUUUCUGAGGAGCAGAAGAAGGAAUUGGCUGACGUUCACCCCUGGAUCCAUAAAGGGCUUCUCUCAAAGGCUUUUGACAUCCCCGCAUGUGUCGGAUGUAGCACUGCUCCAUUAAUCAGCUUGCCCUAUCCCUACGAUGUGGAAAUUCAUGAUAUGGAUAUAAAUGGAGUAUUAAACCAAUCAGCAGAAGCUGGGGAAGUUUCACAGAGAAUGCUGAUGAAACCAUCUAAGCCAGCCAAUGAGAAUGAGAUCAAUUUACAUAUGUGAUGAGCAGUAUGCAAGUGACAGCAGUAGGACUCCAAGCUAUAGAAAUAUGGCAUUUUUGACUCAGUAGCACAAUGCUCCAUACAAUCUCAUUUGGGAUGUACUUGACUACAGCUGGAUUUUUGAUAUUUUUUUAAUACGGUUUCUCUUCAACUUUUUUUCUUCUCCUUUUAUAUUAAAAAAUAAUCACGGGCAGCUCAUGUUUAAACAGAAUAACAGACUUUGUGAGCCAAUGGCUGUUCUGGUCUUUGCUUGAACUUAAAACCAAACAUAACUGAAUUUGAGCAACAUUGUACAACAAAUCUUAAAAAUUGCAUUUAUUAACCAUAAUGCAAUUUGGGACUCAUCAGACCAGCUGAUUCAGGGAGUGCUACAAUCCAGCACAGAUGUGCUGAUCCUGCGAAAAUGUGUUGAAUGUGAAUUUGCACUAGAACUCAAUAUGUACUUGGUAAGAAAAAAUACUGGUAACACUGAACUCUUUCUAAUGACAUUUAUUAAAAAAAUCAAACAAAAGGUAAAAAACAGUGAAGAAAAACUACAUAUGAUUACAAAACAGUUCCUGUAAUUUUUGCUAAAGAAAGAUAUGUUUCCAGUAUAUAAAAUUUAAUUGUCUUUUUACCAUAAUGUCUUCUUUGUCUUUUAACUUCCAUGAAAAAUAAAAAUGACAAAUAAAAAUUAA